UCAAGAUGACGCACCGCUUCCUGGGUUGCUGGUUUCCAAGCUAAGCCUUGGUGCGCGGAUGAAGUACAAGGAGGAAAAUACCGUGGACGCGUGGUAUGAACUGAUGAAGACGACGUUCAAACGCGACGUCAACGUCUUCGACACGUCCGAGAUGUAUGCCAAUGGCCACGCGGAGAAGCUGCAAGGAGGUGCCGUCAAUAAGGGCAUCGUUGAUGGCGUUUAAGGUCGCGCGGAUCUCGUACUUACGACCAAGCUUUUCCUCGGUUACAAGGAUAUCGAGACAGCGGGACCGAACGACCAAGGACUAAGUCGUAAGAAGGCACCGAGGCUUCUUUCCGCCGCAUGAAACUGGACUUGGUCGACGUUCUCUUCUGUCACCGUCCCGACCCGCAUACACCGAUCGAGAAAACUGUACGUGUCAUGAACUACGUUAUCGAGCAAGAAUGGGCCAUUUACUGGGGCACCAGCAAGUGGCUUCCUUCCGACUUUAUCGAAGCGUGCGAAGUUGCCGACCGUCUCGGUUUGG